CAACAAACCACGGACCGAGCAAUAGCUCAGUUGGUUUAUGGCGGAUGAUGCUAAGCUCGGGAGUUGGUCUUAGUGCUUUGCCUGAGUUUUGGGCACAACUAGUCUACGUUUCUGAGCCGGCAUGUGCAAAUUAUGCGAUACAAGAUUACAAGGAGAAGCUGGCCCAAGUCCAGUUGUUGACAGCUUUUGAGUUUUGACUGGAUCAAUUGGUGUGUAGUACAAAUACUACGAUCAUCGAAAGUCAAAACUGUACUACAAUUCUACAAACUGGAGAUUGGAGACUUCACCGGCUUGUAUUUAAUUGCUUGUUAUUCUAUGGAUAACGAAAAUAACUAAUCAACACUGGUGGAACAAGCUUGAUCUGCCAUAUCCAUGGCCUCUGUUACAUCCUCCAGAGCUCUUAAGUCAACGUCUCUGCUUCUUUCCCUUCUGUUCCUGCAACUCUCCUUGAUCAAUGGCCAUGGAGGCGAUGACCACGAUGAAGGUAGUGAUGAGCAUGUUGAUUUGCAUUCAGAUGGCCUAAUUCUUGUGAAAGUAUGGUGUUUGAUCAUCAUGCUUGUCACUACCUUUGCUGGUGGCGUCUCUCCGUACUUUUGUCGAUGGAACGAGAGUUUUCUUCUCUUGGGAACACAGUUUGCUGGUGGUGUUUUUCUGGGCACAUCGCUUAUGCAUUUCUUGAGCGAUUCAAAUGGGACUUUUGGCGAUCUCACGACCAAAACGUAUCCGUUCGCUUUCAUGUUAGCCUCGGCAGGUUAUCUUCUCACGAUGCUUGGUGACUGCAUCAUUGCCCAUCUCACAAGAAGUAGUGAAAGGGAAAUUAGGGUUGAAGUUGAGGAAGGAAGAGAAGCCGAGGAGGAGCAAGCGAAAGCGGAGAAAACUGAUGUCAACCCUGUUUUCUUGAAGACCACUUCUUUUGGAGACACCAUACUUCUCAUUCUGGCUUUGUGUUUUCAUUCUGUUUUUGAGGGGAUUGCUGUUGGAGUUUCAGCUUCGAAAGCCGAGGCAUGGAGGAAUCUGUGGACAAUAUCAUUGCACAAAAUCUUUGCAGCCAUAGCGAUGGGAAUUGCACUUCUGAGGAUGAUACCAAAGAGUCUCUGUGCCUUUCAUGAAGUGGCCCAUGCAGAGUAUACAGGGGUUACAAGGCACUACAAGUUCAAUAUAGUGUUGAAGAAUGUUACUCGGCUGUGUCAUACAAAAUCAAUGGUCACAGUCAACGGAGAGUUCCCAGGGCCGCGUAUUGUUGCUCGAGAUGGUGAUCGUGUUGUAGUCAAGGUGGUCAAUAACGUUCCCAAUCAAAACGUCACCGUUCAUUGGCAUGGAAUUAGACAGCUUCGGAAUCCAUGGGCAGAUGGGCCGGCAUAUGUGACUCAGUGUCCAAUCCAAACGGGCCAAAGCUAUGCGUACAACUAUACUAUCACGGACCAACGAGGGACUCUAUUCUGGCACGCCCACAUUUCGUGGCUUAGAGCCACUGUCUAUGGGCCCAUUAUUAUCCUCCCUAAGCCCAAUGUUCCAUACCCAUUUCCCAAGCCCUAUAAGGAAAUCCCAAUGCUAUUAGGAGAGUGGUUCAAUGGUGAUACUGAAGCCAUUAUUAGCGAGUCAUUACAUAAUGGAGGAGGCCCAAAUGUCUCCGAGGCCUUCACCAUCAAUGGCCUACCUGGCCCAUUAUAUAAUUGUUCACGAGGGACAUUCAAGCUGAGGGUGAAGCCAGGGAAAACGUAUCUCCUUCGAUUGAUCAAUGCUGCAAUGAAUGAUGAUUUCUUCUUCAGCGUAGCAAACCACACUUUGACUACCGUAGAAGCUGAUGCAAGUUAUGUCCAACCCUUUGAAUCUGAAGUCUUACACAUUGGAGCAGGACAAACCACAAAUGUUCUUCUCAGGACCAAACCUAAAGCCCCCAAUGCCCAAUUCUAUAUCUUGGCUAGACCUUAUUUCACUGGCGCAGGAACCUUUGACAACACCACUGUUGCUGGAAUUCUUGAAUACCAUCACAAUCACAAUCACAAUCACAAUCCCUUGCUGAAAAAAUCAAAACAUCAUACAAUCUUUGAACCAACUCUCCCAUUGACCAAUGCCUCCGAUUACGUCGCGAGCUUUGCUUCCAGAUUUCGCAGUUUAGCCAAUACAGAGUACCCUGCCUGCGUGCCUCAAACCAUAGACAAAAAAUUCUUCUACACAGUAGGACUAGGAACCACUCCGUGCCCCAAAAACCAGACAUGUUUAGGAGGAAGUAUUGACAGAAAAUUUGCAGCUUCUGUGAAUAACAUUUCUUUUGUCACCCCCAGUGUAGCAAUUCUCCAAGCUCAUUAUAACAAACUAUAUGAUGCUGGAGUGUUUACUGGUGAUUUUCCGGAUUUUCCUUUACAUCCAUUCGACUACACUGGGAAUCCACCAAAUAACACACUUGUGGAUAGUGGUACUAGAGUGUCAGUGGUACCGUUUAACACAAGUGUGGAGCUAAUAGUGCAGGACAUUAGCAUUUUGGGUCCUGAAAGUCAUCCUCUCCAUCUCCACGGCUACAAUUUCUUUGUUGUUGGUCAAGGAUUUGGUAAUUUUGAUCCUAAGACGGAUCCUCUCAAUUUCAACCUUGUUGAUCCUCCUGCAAGGAACACUGCUGGGGUGCCUAGUGGUGGUUGGGUGGCGCUUCGUUUUAUCGCGGAUAAUCCAGGAGCUUGGCUAAUGCACUGCCAUUUUGAAGCCCAUGCGAGUUGGGGUUUGAUGAUGGUAUGGAUUGUUUUGGAUGGAGAACUGCCUGAUCAGAAGGUGCCACCUCCACCACCAGAUUAUCCAAUGUGUUGAUCGUUGACUGCUGUUUUUGUUUCCAUGAACACCA